AUGGCCGACUCAGCGGGCAAUUGGUGUCUCAUCGAAAGUGAUCCUGGUGUUUUCACCGAAUUAAUCAAGGAAUUUGGCGUUAAAGGUGCACAAGUAGAAGAAUUAUGGAGUUUAGAUGAUGAACAGUUCGAUAGUUUAAAGCCAAUACAUGGUUUGAUAUUCUUGUUUAAAUGGGUUCAGGAUGAUGAGCCUUCUGGAAGUAUUGUUCAAGAUAAUAGAUUAGACAAAAUAUUUUUUGCAAAACAGGUGAUUAAUAAUGCAUGUGCAACACAAGCAAUAUUAAGUGUAUUAUUAAAUUGUAAACAUUCUGAUAUAUCAUUGGGUCCAAAUUUAGAGGAAUUUAAAAAUUUUUGUCAGAGCUUUGAUGCUAAUAUGAGAGGGCUUGCUCUUAGCAAUUCUGAUGUAAUAAGAGAAGUACACAAUUCUUUUUCCAGGCAAACAUUAUUUGAAUAUGAUUCAAGAAAAGCAUCUAAAGAGGAUGAUGUAUUUCACUUUGUUAGUUAUAUUCCAAGUGAUGGUCGGCUGUACGAGUUGGAUGGUUUAAAAGAUGGACCAAUGGAUUUAGGUCCAUGUCCACUUGGAGAUCAGUGGGUUCAAGCAGCAAAACCUAUAAUACAAAAACGAAUAAAUAAGUAUAACGAAGGAGAAAUACAUUUUAAUUUAAUGGCAAUAGUAACCGAUAGAAAAACACUAUACGAACGACAGAAAGCAAAUGUUUGUGAUCCAGCUGAGUUGGAACGUUUGCAGACACUAAUAGAAAAGGAAAUUCGAAAAUCCAAAAGAUAUCAAAUAGAAAAUAUUAGAAGAAAGCAUAAUUAUUUGCCAUUGAUAAUGGAAUUACUAAAAAUGCUUGCUAAAGAUGGGAAACUUGUAUCUUUAUAUCAAAGAGCAAAGGAGAAGACACUGGAAAAGGAAUCAAAAAAGAAAUAA